AUGACCUCGACAUCGCACUUCGUCCGGCUAGCCAAGAGCCUGCCGCAGCCCCUGCAGCGCUUCUUUGCCCGCUGGCCGCCCGCCGCCCUCGUCUCGCCGGGCAGCGCCCCGACCUCGUUCCAGGAGAUGCGCCCGAACCCGUUUGAAUUCUACAAGCACCCCGUGACGGGACGGCUGCAGGACCCCGUGUACUCGGCGCGGCGGCAGGCGCAGCUCUUCCAGCUGGCACGCGAUCACGGCGUCGCGGAGCUGCUGCCCCCGUCAGCCAAGAACCCGACGCAGCGACUGGCGCACCGCGUCGAGCACGGCCUGCGCGUCAAGGGCACGGGUGUAGGACAAAAGGUCAAGGGACACAUUCACGAGCGACACAUGAUUGCCAAGAUGGAGACGAGAAGAAAGGCUAUGCUGGAAAUGCCAGAUCUCAUCAAGAAAUGGAAAAUGGUCGGAAAGCGAAACUGGACCAAGUUCCCGAAAUAG